UGAGACCGGUAUAGCCAACUGAUGUCAUAAACAAAGCUACGUUUUGGCUCCAUUUAAACGCAUUUCUGUAGCAACAAACGCGACUUGCACGUACUAUAGGCAUCUAUAACAUUUCGAUGACGAAUUUAAUGACCUGAAAACAUUGAGCGAAGUAGAGGACAGACAAAGUGACAGAGAGUCAGCCAGUCCGCUAGAAAGAGAGAGAGAUAGAGAGAGCAAUCACUUUCACACGUUGCAUAGAUGAAAAUUGAAAGAGCCGACAACAAAGCAACGUCAGCAGCAUCAGCAGCAGCGACGUUGACCGAGGCAGAGGCACAGGCAGCGUUGAAGUCUGUGGGCGCGCAUUGAUUACAUUUUCAUAAUCAACGUAGCUGAGGAGGAGGCGCACAGAAACGGAAAAAGAAGAAGCAACAACUACAGAAAGAGAAAGAGCAGGAGAGUGAAGUGGAGGUCCCCAAUGAAAAUCGCAUAAUGGCAGCAGCACCUGAAUCGUGUGGAGCACGCGAUUCAAACGAAACUGAGGCUGAAACUGAAUCCGAGGAGGCGUUGCAACUGGAGGUGGAGGUGGAGGCGGAGGCAGAGACAGAGGCAGGGACAGAAGCAGAGGCUGGUAAUGCCCUGGCGGAUGCUGUUGCCGCUGCCAAUGUCGCUGAUGGUCCAGCAGACUCGGAACCCGCAUUGGAGCAAGCAGAAGCAGCAGCUAUGGCCAGCAGCGACCAACAAAAGCAAAACGAUCAACUGCAGUUGCAAUCCCUGGAGCCCAUCUCACUGGAUGACAUACCUGAGCCCAUCAAAGUCCUCGACGAAAUCAUAUCGGAGUUCGAGGAAGCAGCAACGAAACCGGUGGCCUUGCACUGCAACAGCGGGGAGAAUCAAUCCGAGGAUGAUGGCUACAUGAGUCUGAGUCGCAAAAACAUGUCCAAAAAGGACUCUGAAGAUGUGCCACAGACACCCAGCACAGACACAGUGCCCGAGGGCAGUUUCAAUGAAGUCGAUGGCACAGCUGAGAAUCUAACCAAAUUAUCUGAGGCAGAGCAUGGCCAGGAAACGCAAACGCCACUCAUACAGACAACGUUGCCCAAGGCACGCAGUGCAAAUUCGACGCCGGCCACAAACUCCAACUACUCGAGUCUGCCCUGCUGUGGGGCCAAAACCUCUGCCUCCUUAAAUCUAGGUGGGGUUUCCGUGGCCGAUUCCUCAAGUGGAUUGGCCUCCAUUCGUGCGGGCAGCAGCUGCAAUGGGGAGCGCAACGCACUGGGCAUCGACAUCAGUGCCGUGCACAAUGCCGUGCUGAGGGGCAACCUGGCCAAACUGCCGGAGCCAAUCGUAAAUGAACAUCCGGUCACCAUUUACCCGGGUCCAUCGGCCAAGGCAGCCGCCGGCGAGGGGGCACGUAACAAGCGUCUCCUCAGUUCGGUGGAGAAGCACAAGGAGAUCUGUCACAUGCUCAAUCCACAUUCCAACAGUUCCACCUCCUCGUCGGGGUCCCAGCAGACAUCCAGCGGUGAGGCCUCGCCCCUGGCUUCCCAUCUGAAUGUGGCCUCCUCCUCGAAGCUGGUCAAGAAGGAGGAGGAUGACUACUCGGAGGACUCGCUGGAAGAGUCCACCAUCUCCACAGAUCUGACGCCCGUCAAGCAGAACGGUGUGGCCUGGGAAAUACAUUUCAAGAGCAAUAAGAAGAAAUCUAGUGGGUCAAAGAAAACCACCAGUGGUGCUACGUCUAACAAGCACCAACAGCGAGCGGAGAACUUGGACGACUUCAACAACAGUUUUGUGUACAACGAGCAUAGUAUGCUGGGCAAGGGGACGUUCGUUAUUCGCCGAGCCACAGCCAAGAAGCCACCCCGUGCCUCGGAGGUGUUUAGCAUACCAAAGCCACCGCGCACCUCUCUCCAGGGUGGCGGUGGCGGUGGUGGUGCCGGAGCCAUUAGCAACGAGUUCUACACCAGCGACAGCGAGCAAAGCGAAUCUGCACCGCUGCCACCGCCCCCAACAUCUGCCGAGAUGAAUUUCAUCUACAAGGAGUGCGAGGCGAAUGCGGCGCACACCCGCCGGGGACUGGAGAUGGCCGCCGCCCAUCGAGCGGCCCUAUCGCUGGACAUUGCAGAGGCCCAGGAACAGCUGGUGCACAUCAAGCCGGUGAAGAGCAAGACAGCGAUGCUGACAGAGAAGCGGUUGAGUGCCGAGUCCAUGCCGGACAACACCUCGAGCAGUGAGGAGUUCGAUGAGGCGCGUCUGAAUGGGAAUCCCAGCUACGAGAUGUUUGCAUACAAUGGAAAUGAUCCACGGGUUUCGAAUGCCACCACACCACAUACAGAUCUGGCCCCCACUCUGGAGGAGGACGAAGAGUUGUCCGACUUCAGUUACGGCUGUGCUCCCCUCAAGCAGAUCGAGCACAACAUUAGCGCCCUGCUCCGUGGGGAUAUACCCAUUGUGGGUCAGCAGCCACCUGCUGGAGGAGCAGCUGCUGCUGCUGCCUCGGCCGCGGCUGCGGCAGAGCUCCAUGCCAAGCGUAUACUCGAAUUUCGUCCCGGCGUGCACAAGUCGGAGAGUGCCAAGGAGAUGCUGCUGUCGCAGAUACCGGCAUUUGGCCCGCUGCCACCGUCGCCGCCCAGCUCCAAUCCGGAUCUCUUUGACUACGAUGCCCCGCUGCCGCCGUCUCCGGUGGAGCAGCGCAAGCAGCUGGAACUUCCAACGGCCUCGAAUGCCACGCCACCGAAUCGCGGCACCACCGUGGUGGAGGUGCAUGCCACCGCCUCGGGAGCGGCUGUGCACAGCAAUAGCCAUACGCGACGAAGUCGUGACAACGUUGCAGCAGUGCGUCACUUCAACGACGAGCUGCCACCGCCACCGGCGCCAGCCCAUCAGUCAACCAGCUUUAUUGAGGGUCUGCCCGGACCACCGAUGGUGCCACCGCAUCGUGCCGGCGGUGGUCAUUCGGCCAAUACGAUGAAGUCUUGGAGCAUUGACUCCCAGUAUCGCAAGCGAUCCCCCAAGCUCUUUGGCCACUACAGCAGUGGCAGCGGCAUAACCACACCCACUGGUCUGGGCCAGAUGCCACCGCUGCCCCCACCCCCGGUCAUGGGUACCAUGAGCUCGUGCGGAGAUGGGGGAUCGGGUUCGUAUCAACGCAGGUACAUCAAUUAUGGCACCAAGCGCAGCCUGAAGCAGUCGCCGCGCGAGGAGCAUCGCCUGCAAACCUCAUGUAGUCUUCCUGAAACGCCAAUCUUUGCCAGAGGCUGUGACAUACCACGUACGCCAUAUCGUCGCCAAAAUGAACCCCUUCCAGCGAGUGGCUGUCGUACAGCACCCAGAUCAAGCACAUCGAACAGCAUCAAUAUGGGCACAUCCAUAUUGGGGAUUGGAGGCGGCAAUUACGGCACUGCCCAAAUUUGUCGCCAGCGUUCGAUCAAUCAUGCCUUGGCCUCCAAUGAAAUGCUGCGCAUGACUGGCGCACCGGCACGCGGCUGGUAUCCCAAGCAACGUAGCAUGCGUCCAGCAUCAACGGAGAAUAUUGACCGCUUGGCCUCGGUCCGAGUGUGGGACAAUCCCGCGGGCAUGUCUGGUACAGGACAAUCACGAAAACCGCUCACAUUGCCACCGAAUCUGACGCCUUCCUUUUUGAACAAAUCACCGCGUGAGGCACUACGGCGUGUGACCAGCUUGCUGAUAACCAAGAAAAAGCACAACAAGGACCGGAAGCACAAGGCUUACUGCGAUCAGUCCAUGGAUGACAGCAAUAGCAAGCACGCCUAUGAAUUUGAGACGAUCAGUUCAAACAAGAAAAAGGACAACACCAAUAGUCGAAAAGAUAAUGGCGCUGCGGGUGUGACGGCCACCACCAAUCCUAAACCCAAGAAGAAAGGUCUCUUCAAAACGCUUUGGAAGCGCACGAAAACAGCCUCGCUGGAUCAAUAGGAAGGAGGAAGGAAGCUGCAUUUUAUAGAGAGAUCCCAGACACUGCCCCUUUGCCAAGCCACCCUUUGGAUAUGUCUUAUAUACACGCAUACCAUACCACCAUAUAGAAUCGAAGAUGAUGAUAAUAACCCUGCACUUUAACAUAUGUAAAUGGAGUUUAGGGAGCACCCGAGAGAGUCGUAUCUAUGUAUUCCACAACUUUAUUGUACUUCACGGCUCGGCUCGGCUCGAUCACACACUCACCUGCUCUCAUCCGAUCAGAUCAGAAAAAAACAUCUUUCUCACGCUCUCACGUGUUCGCCUGUUCGUUCACCUUGAACAUUAAAUUGAAGCAAUUUGUAUACACAUCGCAGCAUCGUAUAUAUCGGUCAUAUAGUAAUGAGUAAAAACUGAAUAAUUCAAAUGCACAAAAGCCGUGAAUCGUAAAGACUGAAAAAAAUGAAAAAAGAGUAAAACAAAAGAAAUUGUAAAACAAAAACAAAAACGACAAAAUAUUAUGGAACACACAAUGAAAAAUGUAAUGAAAAACAUAUGAAAAUGAUAUUCCGCACUCUCUCACCAAACACAGACACAGAGCAGACUGUUAGAUGGAUCACACUGCCAUGAGUAUACAUACAUAUACGUACAUAUGUGUGAUCUUUCAUGCUCCCCCAGAUCUUGAACUUGCCAAAACCCACACAAUUAAUGCAAUUAUUCCUUGGCCGUAAAACGCAGAAUGCACGCAACGAUGGAUGGGCUAAGAAAACGCAGACAGAGAUUUACACAACUUAUAAAAGCACUGAAUUUAUAUAUAUAUACGUAUCGUAUCUAUAUGUACGAAUACGAGUACGAGUUUGAGUAUGAGUAUGAGCGCUAUAUACAUAUAGUUUGAACUAUGUAAAACUGAACCGUUUAGGGUUCCAGGCAGCAUUACUUACUUUAUUGAUGAUGAUGUUUGAUACUUCAAGCCCUUUUUGUGUAGCUGAGAAAUAAGUUUUAGGCUUCGUAUAUCAUGAUGAUGAUGGGUGGUUUAUUAAAUGAUCUUGUUGAUUGUUGGCCAGGAUAUGGGCGAAAUAGUAUUUGAAAAAACGGAUGGGCAAAGUGCAAUUAUAUAGCAGUUCCGUAUCGUUCCGUAACGAAAGCAAUUCAAGAGAGUCCAAGAACCGCGAAUAAUCCUUACCCAACAAGUCAAGCUGUAGGAAAUCCACAACCAAUUUCAAGUAAAGAUAAUACAUAUUUAAUUUCCAAAAUAAACAAAAAAAAAUUAUAAAAGAAUGAAGUUACGCCCUCCACAUUUCAAAGAAUGUUUGAUAAUAAAAACAAAACAAAACCAAAAAAAAAA